AUGACAAGUGUUGGUUCAGGUUAUGAUUUAUCAGUAUCUACUUUUUCACCGGAUGGUAAGAUCUUUCAAAUAGAGUAUGCCAACAAGGCAGUAGAGAACAGUGGUACUGUCGUUGCAAUUAGAGCUAAGGAUGGUGUUGUCAUUGGUGUCGAAAAGAUCAUUCCAUCAAAGAUGUUGGAAUCUACCUCAAACAGAAGAAUUCACUCUAUAGAUUUACACGUUGGAAUUGGUAUUGCUGGAUUUUUAACUGAUGCAAGACAAUUGGUUUUGAGAGCUCGUGAUGAAGCAAAACAAUACAAACAGGUAUAUGGUCAACCAAUUCCAAUUAAAGUAUUAUCACAACGUAUUGCUUCAUUCUGUCAUGCUUUCACAUUGUAUGGUAGUGUAAGACCAUUUGGUUGUUCGAUCACCGUAGUUGGUAUUGAUUCAUACGGACCACAACUUUUCUUAAUUGAACCAUCUGGAUCAUGUAUCGGAUAUUUCGGUACUGCUAUGGGUAAAGGUAAACAAGCAGCAAAGAAUGAAUUAGAAAAAGUAAAGUUUGCCGAUAUUACAUGCCGUGAGGCAAUCAAGUUGGUUUCUAAAAUUAUUUACUCUGUACAUGAUGAAGUAAAGGAUAAAGAUUUCGAAUUGGAGUUGAGUUGGAUCUCUACUGAAUCAAACAAUGUUCAUCAAAUGGUACCAGCACCAUUGAAGGACGAGGCUGAAACUUUGGCCAAGCAAGCUUUAGAAGAAGCAAAUAUGUAA